GCCCGCGCUCUGUGGAUGUGGCUGGGCGCCGCCGCCGCCGCCCCCCUCUCCCUAGCUCGCCGCCUGCCCUGUAGCCGCCGCCUGCGCUUCUUCGGCCCUCCUCCUCCUCCUCCUCCUCCUCCCCUCCUCGUCCUCCUCCUCCGCCGUCUCAGCCUCUGCCUCGGCCGCCGCCUCCACAGCCUGGGCCCCGCCGCCGCGAUGCCGGAGAAGAGGCCCUUCGAGCGGCUGCCGGCCGAGGUCUCUCCGAUCAACUACAGUCUCUGCCUCAAGCCUGACCUACUGGACUUCACCUUCGAGGGCAAGCUGGAGGCCGCCGCCCAGGUAAGGCAGGCCACCAAUCAAAUUGUGAUGAAUUGCGCUGACAUUGACAUUAUUACAGCUUCCUAUGCACCAGAAGGAGAUGAAGAAAUACAUGCCACAGGAUUUAAUUAUCAGAAUGAAGAUGAGAAAGUUACAUUGUCUUUUCCUAGCACACUCCAAACAGGUACAGGAACCUUAAAGAUAGAUUUUGUUGGAGAGCUAAAUGAUAAAAUGAAAGGUUUCUAUAGAAGUAAAUACACCACUCCUUCUGGAGAGGUGCGUUAUGCUGCUGUCACACAGUUUGAGGCUACUGAUGCCCGUAGGGCUUUUCCUUGCUGGGAUGAACCUGCUAUCAAAGCAACAUUUGACAUCUCAUUGGUUGUCCCUAAGGACAGAGUAGCUUUAUCAAACAUGAAUGUAAUUGACCGAAAACCAUACCCUGAUGAUGAAAAUUUGGUUGAAGUGAAGUUUGCCCGAACGCCUGUCAUGUCAACAUACUUGGUGGCAUUUGUUGUAGGAGAAUAUGACUUUGUUGAGACGAGGUCAAAAGAUGGUGUGUGUGUUCGUGUUUAUACACCUGUUGGCAAAGCAGAACAAGGAAAAUUUGCAUUAGAGGUUGCUGCUAAAACUCUACCUUUUUAUAAGGACUACUUCAAUGUUCCUUAUCCUCUACCCAAAAUUGAUCUCAUUGCUAUUGCAGACUUUGCAGCUGGUGCCAUGGAGAACUGGGGCCUUGUUACUUAUAGGGAGACUGCAUUGCUUAUUGAUCCAAAAAACUCCUGUUCUUCAUCCCGCCAGUGGGUUGCUCUGGUUGUGGGACAUGAACUCGCCCAUCAAUGGUUUGGAAAUCUUGUUACUAUGGAAUGGUGGACUCAUCUUUGGCUAAAUGAAGGCUUUGCCUCUUGGAUUGAGUAUCUGUGUGUAGACCAUUGCUUCCCAGAAUAUGAUAUCUGGACUCAGUUUGUUUCUGCUGAUUAUACCCGAGCCCAAGAGCUUGAUGCUUUAGAUAAUAGUCAUCCUAUUGAAGUCAGUGUGGGCCAUCCUUCUGAAGUUGAUGAGAUAUUUGAUGCUAUAUCCUAUAGCAAAGGGGCGUCUGUCAUCAGAAUGUUGCAUGACUACAUUGGGGAUAAGGACUUUAAGAAAGGAAUGAACAUAUACUUAACCAAGUUCCAACAGAAGAAUGCAGCCACAGAGGACCUUUGGGAAAGUUUAGAAAAUGCCAGUGGUAAACCUAUUGCAGCUGUGAUGAGUACAUGGACCAAGCAAAUGGGAUUUCCACUCAUUUAUGUGGAAGCAGAACAGGUAGAAGAUGACAGAGUGCUGAAGUUGUCUCAAAGGAAAUUCUCUGCCAGUGGACCAUAUAGUGGAGAGGAUUGUCCCCAGUGGAUGGUUCCUAUAACAAUUUCUACCAGUGAUGAACCUAAUGAAGCCAAACUGAAAAUUUUGAUGGAGAAACCAGAGAUGAGUGUGGUUUUGAAAAAUGUUAAGCCAGACCAGUGGAUAAAGUUAAACCUAGGAACAGUUGGAUUUUAUCGGACUCAAUACAGUUCUGCUAUGUUGGAGAGUUUAUUGCCAGGCAUACGAGACCUUUCUCUACCCCCUGUGGACCGACUUGGGCUACAGAAUGAUCUUUUUUCUUUGGCUCGAGCUGGAAUCAUUAACACUGUAGAUGUUCUAAAAGUCAUGGAGGCUUUUGUGAAUGAGCCCAAUUAUACUGUCUGGAGCGACCUGAGCUGUAACCUGGGGAUUCUCUCAACUCUCUUGUCCCACACAGACUUCUAUGAGGAAAUCCAGCUAUUUGUGAAAGAUGUCUUUUCACCCAUAGGGGAGAGGCUGGGCUGGGAUCCUAAACCUGGAGAGGGUCAUCUCGAUGCACUCCUGAGAGGUUUGGUUCUGGGCAAACUAGGAAAAUCAGGACAUAAGCCAACAUUAGAAGAAGCUCGUCGUCGGUUUAAGGACCAUGUAGAUGGGAAACAGAUUCUUUCUGCUGAUCUGAGGAGUCCUGUAUAUCUGACUGUUUUGAAGCAUGGUGAUAGUACCACAUUAGACAUUAUGCUAAAGCUUCACAAAGAAGCAGAUAUGCAAGAAGAAAAGAAUAGAAUUGAACGAGUCCUGGGGGCCACUUCACCACCUGAACUAAUUCAAAAAGUCCUCACCUUUGCACUUUCAGAAGAGGUACGUCCACAGGAUACUGUGUCUGUUAUUGGUGGCGUAGCUGGAGGCAGCAAGCAGGGGAGGAAAGCUGCUUGGAAAUUUAUAAAAGACAACUGGGAAGAACUUUAUAAUCGCUACCAAGGAGGAUUCUUAAUAUCAAGACUAAUAAAGCUUUCAGUUGAAGGAUUUGCAGUUGAUAAAAUGGCCGGAGAAGUUAAGGCUUUCUUCGAGAGCCACCCAGCUCCCUCAGCAGAGCGUACCAUCCAGCAGUGCUGUGAAAAUAUCCUGCUGAAUGCUGCUUGGCUGAAACGAGAUGCCGAAAGUAUCCAUCAGUACCUCCUGGAGCGAAAGGCCUCUCAACCCACAGUGUGAACCCCCAAGCAUGCAGCCACUGUUGUCCUGCUGCCUCUUGGCAAGGAGGAGGUGGAGCUACCCUACAGCUGAUUCAUAUGCCAAGAUUUUGGAGUCUUUUCUCAAACCAAUGGGGGUUGGACAAUGAAUGUAGUUAACUGGUUCCUGCUCACACUCCAGAAUUAAAUUCUAUUAAAAAAAAAAAGGAAAAAUCAAUUCAGCAAAAAAAAAAAUGUAAAUAUGAUAGUAAUAAAAUAGAGCAUAAUGAAACUGUGAAACUUCCUGAAGCCUUGUCAGUGGUUAAAAGGAUUUAACACUUCUCCUAUGAUGUUAAUGGCAGAUGUUCUGUUUUUAAAACCCUCCAAAA